GAAAAUACAGUUAAAACAGUUUUAUCCUCUCUCUCAGUUGCCUCAUUCUCCUCUAAUCCUUUCAGUUCCACUCUUUGACGGUAUCAUCGGAACUUCCCGACUGUGCAUGCACAUGCAUGACAGACUUCUUCACCCAUAACCAGCAAGCUUGAGAGAUAUAUACACAGUAAAGAUCUUAUAUAUAUACAUAUACUCAGGGAAAAAUGUCAGAGCGGGCGACGAUCUCAACUAACAAGUCGAGGGAUGCGAUAGUAUGCUACAGUCCGACGAUGAUCACGACCAACGGCAUUUGGCAGGGGGAAGACCCUUUGGACUUCGCGCUGCCGCUCUUCGUAUUGCAAGUCACACUCAUCAUUUGUACGACGCGUAUUCUUGUGUUCAUCUUGAAACCCUUUCGCCAGCCUCGCGUCAUUGCAGAGAUUCUUGGUGGUGUAAUAUUAGGUCCAUCAGUCCUGGGAAGAAGCACCGAGUUCUCCAUCACUCUAUUUCCGCUGAGAAGUGUGAUGGUUCUUGAGACAAUGGCGAACGUAGGCCUUCUCUACUUCCUUUUCCUUGUUGGAGUAGAAAUGGACAUUGUUCAAGUGAUCAAAAGCAGCGGCAGAAAGGCUGUGAUCAUUGCUGUUACGGGCAUGAUUUUGCCGUUCCUAAUAGGCGUGUCGUUUUCCUUCAUUCUGCACCAGAGCGCGCAGUAUGUCAAGCUGGGGAUUUUCAUUAUCUUCCUAGGAGUUGCCCUUUCCGUCACCGCGUUUCCAGUGCUUGCACGUAUCCUAGCAGAGCUAAAACUUGUGAACACGGAGAUUGGGAAGAUUGCUAUGGCGUCAGCUUUACUUAACGACAUGUGUGCAUGGGUUCUAUUAGCCGUUGCCCUUGCCGUAGCAGAGAACGAGUACUGGUCACUGAAUUCAUUGAUGGUGAUUGCGGGGACUGCAGCUUUUGUUGUUUUCUGCAUCUACGUAGUAAGGCCUCUGAUUUUGUGGAUCAUACAGAAAACCCCGGAAGGCGAAUCAGUCAGUGAGUUUUACAUAUGCCUAAUUCUUAGUGGUGUUAUGAUUUCUGGUUUCAUAACAGAUGCUAUUGGAACACAUUCCGUGUUUGGGGCUUUUGUCUAUGGCUUAGUUAUCCCUAAUGGUCCUAUCGGUGUAACGCUCAUUGAGAGGCUGGAGGACUUCGUUCUGGGGCUGUUGUUGCCCCUCUUCUUCGCAAUUAGCGGACUCAAGACCGACGUUACAUCAAUAAAAGGUGCCGGGACAUGGGCCACUCUGGCCCUCGUCAUUGUUCUUGCUUCUGCCGGAAAAAUUACAGGAACUCUUCUUGUUUCUCUGUACUAUGACAUUCCAUUUUAUGAAGGACUAACACUUGGUUUGCUCAUGAACACCAAAGGCCUUGUUGAGAUUAUUGUCCUUAAUGUGGGCAAAGACCAAAAUGUUCUUGACGAUAAAACUUUCGCAAUUAUGGUAAUUGUGGCAGUUGUUAUGACUUCAAUUGUCCAACCGGGUGUCACAACCUUAUACAGACCGGCAAGAAAACGCGUAGCUUACAAAAGGCGAACGAUCCAGAGGACGAAACCAGAUGGAGAAUUUCGUGUGGUGGUGUGCGUGCACACUCCAAGAAAUGUUCCAACAAUCAUCCAGCUGCUUGAAGCCUCCCACCCUACCAAGAAAUCACCAAUUUCCACAUACGUCCUCCACCUUGUCGAGCUCUCUGGCCGUGCAUCAGCAGUGCAUAUUGUCCAGUACACUCGAAAAUCAGGUCGACCGGCCAUCAACCGCAUGCAAGCUCAAUCCGAUCAUAUCUUCAAUGCCUUCCAAAACUUUGAACAGCAUGGAGGAUUUGUGUCGGUGACCCCCUUCACAGCAAUCUCCCAAUACUCCACGAUCCACGAAGACAUAUGCAACCUGGCUGAGGACAAACGUGCGGCGUUAAUUAUCAUCCCUUUCCACAAACACCAAACGGUGGAUGGACGAAUGGAAGACACUAAUUCCUCGUUUCGCAUGCUUAAUCAAAAUGUAUUAGCCCAUGCUCCCUGUUCAGUUGGAAUACUUGUUGAUCGUGGCCUCAAUGGGCAAAAAAGAUUAUCGCAAAACCAAAUACUCCACCACAUAGCAGUGCUAUUCUUUGGCGGGCCGGAUGACAGAGAGGCAUUAGCAUAUGCGUGGAGACUAUCUCAACAUCCGGGGAACAACAUCACUGUGAUGCGUUUUGUGCUUGGAGAUAACGGACUAGAAACAACAACAGAGUCUAAUAGCGGACAGGAAACAUUAACAGUUGAGACAGAUGAUGAUAGAGAAAAAAAGCUAGACGAGAAAUGUAUACACGAGUUCAGGGAGAUAACGAUGCAUAGUUCUGCAGUCAUGUACAUGGAGAAAGUAGUGAAUCAUGGGGAAGAAACAGUGGCAGCAAUAAGGACUAUCGAUGGAAAUCAUGACUUAUUUAUAGUAGGCAAGGGACGGGCUGUGAUAUCACCUUUCACGGCUGGUCUUAGCGACUGGAGUGAGUGCCCCGAGCUCGGUGCAAUUGGCGAUUUAUUAGCUUCAUCAGAUUUUUUAGCCACAUAUUCAGUGCUAGUACUGCAGCAAUACGUAGGGAUGGAGACGAUUGGAGACACGACGAUCUGCAUGCCAGAUAGCCCAACUCAGCAGCAGGGGAGGCCUGAUUCAGGACAACGACGGUCACCUCCACAGGACACGGCUAUUUUCUAACCACAGCCCUGAAGAACUUUAGAAGAUACAAUCACAUAAUACUGAGUUCGGAGGGAGAUAAACUUCUUUGUAGAUUUGUUAAUAUGGGCAGAGUUACAUUUCUCUUCUUUUCCUUAUUAGCCUGAUCUUGUUACAGUAACGACACAAAUUCCGUGCAAUACAUACAGUGAAACAUCAUUUGUUAGAAAAUCGCUCGAUAUGGUCAUCUGAAAUCACUCGUUGAACAAGCUCUGGCAUCGUCCAUUCGGAGGUAAUUCCCGGCCGCUUUCAACAAGCUAGUGUGUGUAUUUAUUAGAGAUUAUAUCCAGUAUCCCUUCAAAGUCAGGCCGAGAACUUUCCCCAUCCAACCUGGUAGAAGAUGUACUUGACAGAUUCUCUAAGGAUAGACUAUCACUACGGGAUAGCAUGAAUUCUAGAUCAGCUGUACUUGGUAGUCCAUAGUGUAUCAGUCGUUUCUUUAUUCAUCUUUGUUCUAUUUCUCAUAAUAGCUCCACCACUAUGCUUGGAUUGUGCCUUUCGCCUU